AAACGUGUCGAGCCCCGAUGUCCCGAAAUGCUUUGCGCCUCGCUCGGGUAGAAGGUGACAGAGGACAACAAGGAUGGCCUCUGCCUAUCUAACUCACCAGCAGAAAGUGCUGCGCCUUUACAAAAAGUCACUGAGACACCUUGAAUCGUGGUGCAUCUUUCGGGACAAGUAUCGCUUCUAUGCCUGCCUGAUGCGCGCUCGCUUCGAGGAGAACAAGAAUGAAAAUGACAUGGUGAAGGCCACCAUGAUGCUGAAGGCGGGAGAGGAGGAGUUUUGGGAAAAGCAGCAUCCGCAGCCUUACAUCUUCCCCGACUCUCCUGGUGGGACGUCCUAUGAGCGUUACGAUUGCUACAAGGUUCCUGAGUGGGUGCUGAAUCACUGGCACCCGUCAGAGAAGGCCAUGUACCCUGACUACUUCGCCAAGAGGGAGCAGUGGAAAAAGCUGAGGGAGGAGAGCUGGGAUAAGGAGGUGGCGCAGCUGCAGGCCGAGACCCCAGCCGGUGGGCUCACAUCUGAAGCCCUGCCUCCGGCCCGCAAGGAGACCGACCUCCCCCCUCUGUGGUGGCAGUUCGUCACCCGCCCCAGGGAGCGCCCCACUUAAACACCCUCCCUCCAUUCGUCUGUAAAGACUCUCUGAAGAAGAUCUCGUGCACUUUUGAUGACUGAGAAAGACCACGUGAUCCCGCUCAGUCCUUUUAGGUGCGUGACUUCUUACCUACUGCUCUGUCACUAAAUAAACAUGUAAAGAAAUAAA